ACCUACCUGACGGAGGACGUGAACGACGCCCUCCAGAACGCUUCGAUCCCGGUCACCUUCAGGAGAACGAACCUCAUGAAGCACAAAGGUUCGACUCAAGGCCAGUGGGAGCAAGCGAGGGUCACGUUCUCGGCUAAAGGAGACUUCAGUGUGGCGUUCGAAGCUGUACCGAACCCGCGGUAUGCGAGGUACACCGGAUACGUCGCCGUGGAUGAUAUUACCUUCAAGGACGGACCGUGCGAGAACGAAUGCAUUUUUGACCUCAACUUCUGUGAGCUGACUAAUGAACCGAAUAACGAUGACUUCGACUGGUCUUUGGGUCGUGGGUCAGGGAAGACCAACACGGGACCGACGAGAGACCAGUCGUUUUAUAUCACCAACUCCGUUACUAGUGGUCAGGUCUUGUAUGUUCCAACGACGAACGCAGACAACAUCCGGGAACUUUGGAAGCAAGAAGGUUCAUCACUCGGUCCUGACUAUUGGUACCCCUGCCAGGUGACGGUCUCCUCGGCGGAAAAUUUCAACUUGAUUUUCGAAGCUUCAAUCGGAUCCCAGGGCGCGGGGGACAUCGCUCUCGACACCAUCACGUAUUCGCCGGGGCCCUGUCCGCGACAGCCUUCGUUGUCCUCGCGCUCUUGGGGAGACUGCAACUUCAUGGAAAACACGUGCGGAUGGCAAAUUCCUUAUUUCCCAGAUGAAGUUUGCUCGAUGCUGGCCCGUGUUUCAGAGAGCAUUGAGAAUCCUCCUGGUCAUACCGAGAGCGAUUUCGACAACAGAGAUUCAUACAUCCAGUUCGACUUAAAUUGUUACCAACAACAACCACGCCAUUCUGUGUCCCUUACCUUCGAAGACGUCAAUAUUGCCAGCGAAAUGUGUCUGUCAUUUUGGGUUUUCAUGUAUGCAAGAGUCCAGUCAGUGAGCAAGAUCGGUUCUCUUAGUGUGGUGUUGAUUACCGCCAGUGGCAAUGAAACCCUGUGGAGGCUGGAAAACGAACAGCAUGCUAACUGGAUGUAUGCACAGGUGACCAUCCCUGCAGUGGGCAUGGGCACUGUGGCAUUCCAGGGCACCAAGGCAACUUCCCUGAUUGGCAUGAUUGGCAUAGAUGACAUCACCGUCUUCAACUCUGCUUGUGAGGUGUUGCCAGAACAGGCGCGCGUGGAGGCUGCUGACUGCUCCUUCGACCAGGACCUCUGCGGCUGGACUGCACAGAACGAGAACCCGGCGACUAGGCCCUCUGAGAUGUGGCGUUUGGCGACGAGGGACGUGGGAUCCGUCGGUAGCCUGAUUGACCAUACGUUUGGUGCCGACGGAGGCGGUUACGUGUACCUCGAUGUCUUUAACACCGACGUCGUGAGCUGGCUGAGGAGUCCCAAUAACCUCGAGAGAAACGCGACGUACUGCCUCUCCUUCUAUUUCGCUGCUCUGUUCCCGGACGCCAGGGAUGAGCUCACCGUUGUGAAAGACCUGGUGAGCACACAGGAGCGGGUGUGGCAGGUGAGCGGCGAUUCCGUGAGAUUCGAGGACAGCAAGUGGUACAAAGGACAGGUGGAACUGGAGGCGGUGGAGGACGGCUUCACGCUAUUCUUCGAGGGCAAAGUAAGUCGAGGAGGAUGGGCGCUCGAUGACCUGAGGCUGAGCAAGACAAGGACUUCCUGUAGGCUGGCACCGGAUUUCGCAGUUCAGACGCCAUGAAUUGGGCAUCGCUGACCUUUCUGUGACCAGUUGUUCCUGACGAGGGUGGCCCUUUUUCCUUUGUGGGUACUGAUGUUAUAAUUAGCAUAUAUAUUUUUCUUCUUCUUCUUCUUCUUAUUGGUUAAACAUUUGAAAAAAUUAUCAUAUAUUUUUGUUGCAAGUGGGUACACAUUUUAGUAGAAGAUGCAGUAUCCGAAUGUUUGUUUGUUUGUUUUUUUUUCUUGUUUUUACGAAAUUUGCUUAUUUUAUCCUUCAUUAUAAUUCUUUGAAAGAUCGCGUUUCCUCUAUAUUACAAAUUGUAUACAUAUUUCCAUACAUAUAACCAACAUAGUAAUGUAUUGCUUUAACUGGUUGUUUGUUCAAUGUAUUAAUCUAUUGUUUAUGAAAAAUGUGGUACAGUGUGAUCUCCUUAUUAAGUGCAGUUGAUUUAGUGGGUUUGAUAUAAAAGAGGAAGGAGAAAUCAUUAAUUGAUACAGAGGCUAUGAGCCAAUGCUUUCAACUAAAUGACCUUUGAUUUUGCUAAAAGCUAACAUAUAUUAAUAUUUAACCAAAGGCAUUUAUAAGUAGGAUAUUAAAAAACUGUUCCAAUAACUACAAUGCAAUUGCUGUUGUUUCUUUAUACAGCUAAUUGAUAGUAAAAAAAAAUAAUAAUAACAAUAAAGUGGCUUGAGGAAAUUUCGAGUUAAUUAAAACAUGUUAGUGGAGGCUCCAAAUUCAUUGGCGACUAUUGCUGCA